AUGAUUGGUAAUAAUACAACUUUAUUAAAUGAUGUCGAGCAUGACUCGACUUCACCAUAUCAAAAUGAAACUUUAAGUUCAUUGAUAUUUUUUACAAUUGUUUAUAUUCUUGUACUUAUAUCUGGUCUCGUCGGCAAUUUUAUUGUUCUUUUUGUUACAUUAAAAAAUAAUGAUUUAAAACAUUUUACAAAUUAUUUUUUCGCUAAUUUAAGUGCAGCUGAUGUAUUUGUUCUUUUAUUUUGCAUUCCAACAGCUAUACAUGAUAUAUGGGCUAAAGAUCAAUGGUAUAUGGGUAAAUUUUUUUGUUUAACUAAUCAAUAUAUUGAAAGUUGUGCAACAAGUGUUUCAUCAUUAACUAUAAUGGCUAUUAGUUUUGAACGUUUUAUUGCUAUAUGUGAACCAUUUAAAGUUCAUGAUAUAUUCAAUGAAACAUUAACAUUAGUUACUAUAUUAUUAAUAUGGGCAAUUGGUUUAGUUUUUUCAUUACCAUUUUUAAUUUUUGCUUCAUAUGAUCCAUCAUUUAAUCCAACUGAUUCAUUAAAUGAUACAUCAAAUCUUAUAACUCUAUGUCAGUUAGAUGCCAACUCAAAGUUAGCACGUUAUAGUAUAACAUGGUUCAUUAUUACACUUAUUUUUAUACCAUUUUUUGUUUUAAUAUAUAUUUAUGCACGUAUUAUUUUGGAAUUAGUACGUCAUCGUGCUGUUCGAUUACGAGCAAUAACAAAAAAUCAACAACAACAACAACAAUAUGAUGACGAAACAAAUAGUUUUAGUGGUGGUAUAAGUUCACAGGAUCAACAACAAUCGAAUUCAUUUCUUAGUUAUAAACGUUUUGAACAAAAACGUCUUAAUACAGUUAUUAUUUGUGUUGUAACUGUUGCAUUUUUCGCAUGUCAAUUUCCAGUACGUAUUAUACAAUUAAUUGAUAUGUAUGGACGUAUACAAAAUGAAGAAACAAUGCCACAUUUAGUAUGGAUAUGGUUAUGGAAAUUAUCAAAAUUACUUUUUUUUCUUAAUUUUACAGCAAAUCCGAUUAUUUAUAAUAUUUUAUCAACGAAAUUUCGUCGUUCAUGCCGACGUUUACUUCAAAUUCAUCGUUCAAUAAGUUUUGGAACAAAUUCUUCACGUAAAACAAGUAUAACAUCUUAUUUAUAUUUAAGUAUAUAUAAAAAAAGCCAUCGACAAAGUAGUUUACAAAAUACCCAACAACAAUAUCCAUAUAAUCAUCAUCAAAAAUUUAAUUUAAUACGUGCUCAUUAUGAUAGUGAUAAUCGAGAUUUAGUUACAGUUGGAAAUAAUGAAGAUAUAUUUAUUCCAACAUUUCAAGUAUUAAAUGAAGACGAAAAUGAAAAUAUUGUUCAUUCAUAG